UGGGCGGCGGUCGGUAACGGACGAUGGAGGGCGGCAGACCCGCCGCCUUCGACCGGGCGCCGGGAGCGGGCCGGGGGCGAGGCCGGGGUCACGGCCGCGGACACGGCGACGGCGCGCCGGAGAACGGGCCCGGGAGCAGCGGCCUGGGGCUGAACGCCGCCCCGGGCCCCGGUACCGGGCCCCCCGCCCCCGCCGGCGGCCUGCAGGGCAACGGCCUCCACGUCAAGGCCGGUGUCCAGCAGCAGGAGCCGCUGCGCCAGCCCCGGAGCAGCCCGCCCGCCGCUGACUUCUCCGACAGCGCCAGCCAUGGGCAAAUGACCUUGGGAUCUCAUGACCAGUAUCUGUUGCACGGCACAAAUACUGCCCUGGUUAAACCGCAAAAAGUGGAGGCAUAUACCAUCCAGUCAAAACUAUCGGCUAGCGCGCCAGAAUUCUACCCACCCGGCUUUGUGGCAGUGUCAUCGCACACUGAGAUUGACAACAUCUCUGCUGAUGUUAAUCCACCAUCCUCGCACUUUAAUGAGAAGGACGUGCCAGAUGAUGCCUAUGCAGAUUUUGAAAUACCACCCGAACCCACACUUGCCGAAUGUCUCCAAGAGUUCCUGAAUCUUCUGACCUCUCACCCUGGGAGCUUUGAGCUGGAGAUUGAGCAGUUCACAGAAAUGAUGAAAAGCUGUGUCAGCACUGAAGAAGUACUGCAAGAAGUGGUGGAGAUAAUCUACCAACAGGCAACCACAGUUCCGAACUUCACAUACACAGGAGCUCGACUAUGUAACCACCUGUCACAGACCCUAACUAUCAACCCCGAAAGUGGAAACUUCCGCCAACUUCUGUUAAAAAGGUGUGAGAAAGAAUUCGUGAAGAAAGAGGAGGCAGUGGCGGGAGAUGAAAUGACCAAAAAGAAGUUCCACUCAUUCGUGCUGUUUUUGGGUGAGCUGUACCUCAACCUAGAGAUCAAAGGUACAAAUGGGUCAAUGGUACGAGCUGAUAUUCUGCAGACUGCACUCCAUGAAUUAUUGAACACACUGCUUUCUAAACCUGUGGAUGAUAACCUCACUUGUGCUGUAAAAUUACUGAAGCUGACGGGAUCAACAUUAGAAGAUAUCUGGAAGAAAGAAGGAAAAUCCAAUAUGGACGAUAUAAUUCAGCGAGUUAAGAACGUUAUUCUAGAUUCCAGCUGCAGUAGAGAUGUCAAGCAGAUGUUGUUGAACCUGUUGGAGCUGCGAUCUAGUAACUGGGGCCGUGUUCACACAGCAGCUACGUACAACGAAGCUACACCUGAGAAUGAUCCCAACUAUUACAUGAAUGAGCCUGUAUUUUAUUCAGCAGAGGGUAUCCCUCUCACUCCAGCAGACCCAGAUUACCUGGAAAAGUACCAGGAGAUGAUUGAUCGAGAGGAGUUGUUCCAAGGUUAUUCCGAUGAAGAUGGGGAUGCGUAUCUUGAUGACUCAGAAGAUGAGAUGGAUCCAGAGAUGGAGGAAGCAUUUGAAAAGUUCUGUGCUGAAACAGAGCAAAAGACGAAAUAGUGCAAAGAGGAAAGCAUGAGAUUCGUUAGAAGUGAAAAAUAGACAAAAAAAAAUUUGCGUUUUGAGUGUUUAUUUGAAAAAAAAGGACAAAAAAAAACUUUUGAAUUUCAAAAGACAUGCAAGUAAUUUAAAGGCAAAUGGAAGAAACGUUUUCAUUUCUUGUGCCAUUGAAAGCAUUGCAGGAAGGUUCUGCUGGAGUCCACCUAAAGCUGUUGAUGGUGAAUACACUGCAAAAAUGCCCGAGCAGACUCUGCCUAAUAUGUUGUACUUUUAAUGAGACUCUUUUGUAAUAUAGUUUGUUAUAGUUUUAUUUUUAUGUAAAAGUUUCAAGUUCAAAUCUAAAAUAAAAUGAUUCUUUGUAAAGGGUUGCAUUGCUUCAUGAAGCACACUAAAGAUUUCGGCUCUCCUAACCAAUAUGUAAUGUUAAAAACAACACAAGGCACACAGACGAAGUAUAGGCAUCAAUAGGGAGAGGGAAAACAGGAAGCUUGCUCCCUGAUUGGGUUGGGGGGGGGGGGGGGAAGAGAUGUACACACUCGAGGACUGAGAAAUUCAUCACACUAGGGUCAGUAAUUUGGUAGAUGGGGUUUGCUGUUAAAUGUCAUAAGAUAAUACUGCCAUUAUUUACCACUCUAUAUGUGUGCAUACACACACACACACACUAGGUAUGGAUACAGACUGACAAUGUGCACUUUAAUAACCCAUGCUAAAUUGCUAACAAAUUGGGAAGAUAGUAACAAAGAUAAGAUAUUGAUAUAAGGUAAUGUGUAAUCUUGUGUUUUUGUUGCCCACUGUAUAUUAGCUGACAAUCCCCGGCACCAAAAACCCUGCAGACGAUUGUCAAGAGCCUUGCUCUGCCGGAUAAAAAUUGCCCCCCAUGAUAGUGAAUCCUUCCCAAACAAAUAAGGGCAUCGAAUUGUAACCUAGGUAGGCAACUCACCGAAAUGUAUUGCUGCCAUUAUUUGUCGGUCCAUAGUUUAUCAAAAUAAGUUGGGAAGGAAAAGACAAUGAGGCAUGUUGCAAAUGUUACAUAGAGUUACCGACUUCUUAGGGUGUUGCAGAUGCAGCAAAGGUUCCUUGUUAGUCUGGGACUUAAGAAUUUUGAAUUUAUAGGCUGAAUAUGGAAGAGUCAUCUCCCUUUCUCUGAUUCUCACUAUUCAGUUGAAGCAGUAUCUGACUUGUGUGCUUGCUGUUUUUAACUAGAGCAAACUCUGCUUGUAAAUAGUAAAUUUUUUAAUUUGUCUUCAGCUUCUUGAGAGCAGAAACCAGUGAGGCUUCAAUUCACCCAAGGGUUAGAGACAGCAAAAGCUCCAGAGCCAAAGUGCACCCCUAUCAAACUCUAAGCCUAUUUCAGUCCAUCGUGCCCUGGUCUCACCUCUUCCCACCCACCCCCUCCCC